GGAAGUGGAGGUUGGAAUUGGAUCCGGGUCAGCCGCUCGUUGCCGGCAGUGGUAGGGCCCCUGGAGGAGCCACAUCACCUCGUGCCGCGCCUUCACCCUGUGGCUCUGCUCCUGUGGCGGCGGAUGGGCGGCGGGUAGAAGGAAUCCCCUACGCCGCGGAAGGAGACGGUUCCGGGUCGGCGUCGCGGCUCCAUCCGGGCACUGGGGUGCGGCCGUCGGGGGCGGUGGGCGCGGCCCCAUCCGGGUCCCGGGGAUGCUGUCAGGGCGCCGGUGGGGAGGGAUCGGGCUGUGGGUAACGCGGAGCUGUCGGUGGCCGGAGCGACUCGCCCUGUCUGUGCCCAGCGCCCGGAAAAGGUUUUUGCCGCCGCUCUCCGUCCCCGGCGCCCUUCUCCUCGCCCGGCCCCCGCCGCAGCUCCCUGGGGCUGCGCUACUGCUCGGCGGAGGAAGCUGCGCUGGCUUGCGCGAGUCCUGCCCCGCGGCCCCUGCGAGGCCGCGUCCUCUCAGACUUCUUGGAAGUGUAGACAAUGGAGGACGAGGAAAAACAACUCCUGAAUGAAAAGCAGGUGCCAAACUCUGAGAGUGAUUAUGUGUGGCAUGUCACCGAUAUGAAUCGACUCCAGCGUUUCUUAUGUUUUGGUUCAGAAGGUGGUACUUAUUACAUCAAGGAGCAGAAGCUGGGCUAUGGAGAUGCAGAAGCUUUAGUAAGACUGAUUGAAGAGGGUAGAGGUUGUGAAGUUGUUCAAGAAAUAAAGACCUUCAGUCAAGAAGGCAGAGCAGCAAAACAGGAGCCCCUACUUUUUGCUCUUGCAAUUUGCUCACAGUGUUCUGAUGCAAAAACAAAACAAGCAGCAUUUAAAGCUGUUCCUGAGGUGUGUUGCAUACCAACCCAUCUCUUUACUUUCAUCCAAUUUAAAAAAGAUCUGAAGAAGGGCAUGAAAUGUGGUAUUUGGGGCCGUGGACUGAGGAAAGCUGUUGCAGAUUGGUACAAUGGAAAAAAUGGCAUGGCUGUUGCUUUAGCAGUUACAAAAUAUAAGCAAAGAAGUGGUUGGUCUCAUAAAGAUCUUCUGAGGUUGUCCCACCUAAAACCUGCCAGUGAAGGAAUUGGUAUAGUCACUAAAUAUAUUACCAAAGGGUGGAAAGAUGUCCAAGAAGCUUAUAAAGACAAAGCAGUUUCUGCUGAGACUGAAAAACUCUUAAAGUAUCUGGAAGCUGUGGAGAAAGUAAAACGCACAAAAGAUGAAUUGGAAGUUACUCAUUUAAUAGAGGAAUAUGGUCUAGUCAGAGAACAUCUCCUGACAAACCACCUGAAAUCUAAAGAGGUUUGGAAGGCAUUGCUGAAGGAAAUGUCCAUUUCUGUAUUGCUGAGAAAUUUAGGAAAGUUGACAGCAAAUUCAGUGCUUGAACCACGAGGUUCAGAAGUGGCAAUAGUAUGUGAAAGACUGAGAAAUGAGAAGCUGCUAAAAAAGGGUAGAAUACAUCCAUUCCAUGUCUUGGUUGCAUUAGAAAGCUAUAAAACUGGGCAUGGAAGCAGAGGAAAGCUUUGGUGGCGUCCUGAUGAAGACAUUUUAGAAGCCUUAGAUGCCUCGUUUUACAAAACAUUCCAGACGGUUGAACCAACAGGAAAACGCUUCUUACUUGCAAUUGAUGUCAGUGCAUCAAUGACACAAAAAGUUUUGGGCAGUGUACUCAAUGCUAGCACAGUUGCAGCAGCAAUGUGUAUGGUUGUGGCACGUACUGAGAAGGAUUCCCAUAUAGUCGCCUUUUCGCAUGAAAUGGUGCCCUGUCCAGUGACGACUGAUAUGACGUUGCCUCAAGUAUUAGUGAAAAUGUAUGAAAUUCCAGUGGGUACCACUGAUUGUUCCCUUCCAAUGAUAUGGGCUCAAAAAACACAGACAGCUGCUGAUGUCUUCAUUGUAUUUACCGAUAACGAGACUUUUGCUGGAAAUAUGCAUCCUGCAACAGCUCUUAAAGAGUACAGAGAGAAAAUGGGUAUUCCUGCUAAGCUGAUUAUUUGUGGAAUGACCUCAAAUGGCUUUACGAUUGCUGAUCCAGAUGACAGAGGCAUGUUGGAUAUAUGUGGCUUUGAUACAGGAGCUCUUGAUGUUAUUCGUAACUUCGCUUUGGAUUUGAUCUAAUUUUUUAGGCAUCUGCUCUUCCCUGUGGGUUCAUUGCUGGCAACAGACUGCUCCCUGGGAACUCUCAGCCAAAUAUACUUCUUUAGAAUAUGGCACAUUAUAUACAUAUGAGAAUGUUACCUUUUUGUGAAGGGAAAACAAGAAAAGCAGAUGAGAAAUCUCUUUUUUUUGUUGUUUUUCUCUGUUGCACAGAAUUUAAAGUAACAGUGGGAAGUUUGCUAAAAGUAGCUACAGGGUUACACAAUAUAUAAAUUAAUUUCAUUUAUGAUAGAUUAUAAGUACUGAGAGAUUUUUUUAUUCCCCCCUACCCGCUUCCAGCCUCACCCCUCCCUUUGCCCCUUGCUGUGGAAUGGCUUGUUUGCAAGAAGAUACUGAAUUACUGUUAGGAUGGGGCAGAAAAACAAAAAGUGGGGUUAGUGCUUUUAGUAAUGUCAGUUUAACAGCAACUUCACUGACAGGGAUUUUUCUUUGGUCUGUUUUGUCUGUCUUUGUGUUUUAAACGAAUUACCAAGUUUUGACAGUUUCCAUUGUUACACUUCAGAUCUACAAAAGUAUUUUCUGGCACAUAUGAGACCAUGUGACUGUGACGCAGUAUAAAAGUUGUCCAGUGAAAUUUUAUACUGAUGAAACUGAAAGUGGAAGAGUUUAUGCUAAUCUUUUUCUAUCUAGAUUAUCAUCCUAGUUUUCAGGAGUAAAGUGUAAUUCUCUUUAGGUAAAUUGAGGUGUGGUUUCAGAAGCACUAUUUUUAAAUUAAUAUGAUUUACAGGAAGUUCUAAAAACUUACUAGAAAAAGACCCUGGAAAUGGCUUAGAAGCUACAUUCAGUCCAUGUUACAACUUCAGGAAGUAACAGUACACUUUCAGUGAGAAAGAUCAACAACUGCAUGUGUCUUGGACUGCUCUUGAAAGCUGAAUGGUAACAACCAGAAACAAAAAGCUACAUUUUUUCCAAGACAAUGUAUUCAAUGAUACAGAAAAAAUCUUCCAAACAGGAGAGUAUUUCAUUUUUUGAAACCUUUUUGUAGAUUACUAUCACUUCUGGUUUUUUUAAACUAAUUCAAGCUAACAUUUUUCAAAACUACCUCCAGUUUAUAGUGACCAAUUCUUAAAAACUUUUAUGAAAUGUACAGCUGCUUCUUUCAUAUUCUUAGAGUCUUGUUUGGGAAGUGAUUGAAACUGGAUUUUUUUUUAUUUUAUUUCUUUUUUUUUAGUUUAAUACAAUGUGAGUAAGUAAGGAUAAAGCUAGUGAAAAACUUACCACUUUGGAACAGGAAUUAAUAGCAUUGUGUUUGUAUAUGUAUAUAAUUCUCUGUGGUUUUAUAUGUGUGUGUAUAGGGGGGAAGAUGAAAGAUCUCUUUAGUAUGUCACAAUCUUAGAAGAUGGGAAAGGUUUUUAGUGAUGCUUUUACAACUUUCCCUAAGACAUACGGAUGUCAACCUCUUAUGCUAAUUCUGGCUGUUUUAAACAGUGAAUUUGAUGUUAAUUUGCGAAUAAUUAUGAUUUAUGAAAAUAACCCAAUUGUGGUAAAUGACAUGUAAGACCAUAUUUUUCUGCCUAAAACCCAAGCUUUUAAAUGUAAAAUUCAAGUUCAUAUUAUACUUUUGAUACUUGUAACACUUUUAAUUAUGCCUCACACAUACUGAUUAUAAAUUCAAAGCUCGCAUUCUGUAGGAUGGAUAUCCUUUUUGGUGCUCAAAUGUGGGCUUACAUGUUACUGAAGGUAUUCUGCUAAAUACACGCUACCUUAAUAAAUAAAUCAUUGAGGGAAGUCUUUUCUAACAUUAAAACCAUGGUUUAAAGAACUGAUGGUAGGAACGUUACCUUUCAGUGGACUUAAGAAUUAUCACUGCUCUUAUGACACAGCUUGACAAAUACAGGACUGCCACCACCUUGUCAGGUGACAUCAAGAAAAACGAGUGUUCCUGAAAAAAGCUGAGACAUAACACUAUGAGUCUGAAGAUUAGCCAUUUCUUAUGAAAAAAUUCGUAACCACUUUUAGUAUCCUUUCUAAAUAAACACCCUGAAUACGGGAAGUAAACUUGUUUGGUCAAUACAUGUCAAUAAUUAUUCUAAGUAAAUGUGCUGAUGUUUUGGGGUUGGAUUUGGUAGGAGUGUGUUUGAAAUUACACAAUAGUCAAACAUCUGAUAAGGUGUUCCCUUCCAAGCUAGAAAUGUUGAAAAUAGCAUAGAUAAGUAUCUUUUGCAAGUACUUUUUUGUUGUUUUGAGUAGUAUUUGUGAAGUCAUAGGAAAUAUUUUGGAUUAAAUAUAAAAAUAAAACUUAAAACAGGUAUUUCAAGUAACUUUGUGCACUUAAUUGCAUAAAUUUACUGGAAGCAAAAGCUUAGUUACUAACAGAUUGAAUGAACAGUUACAGUAGUGUUGUAUUUUUGAAAGCAGUCCAGUUGAAAAUACAAUUCCUUGAACUAGAGCGUAAGUUGAGAUGAACUUUGCAGUAGAACUGAUAGAAAAUGUAGUUCCCUGUAUUUGUUGAAACUGAAUAGCUAUGCACCCUGUUAAAGACGGUCAUCUGUGCUGGAGUACAUAAUAUGCUCCUAAAUAUUUACUGUAUCUUUGUAUUAAAAAAUCGUAGAAUAUUCUGAGUGGCUUGGUUAUCUCAUGUAGAACUAGCACCAGUGAGAUCUUGUUGUCAUCUACUUCUCCUUUAAGAUUUUCAGAGAGAGAAAACUGAAGUAAAUGCUGACAGCUGAAACUUUAUAGUGUGCUGACAUUUGUUUCUACUGGUUUUGGUUUGGUUUCAUUGUUAUCUUGCAAUAAGGAUUAUAGAAGAAAGAUGAUGUGUAUUCCUUUUUCCGUAGACUGGUUCUUUUUUAUCUGCCUAUAUACUGAAUUUUAGGGAAUUCCAUGACGCAUUUGCCAUAACACAAAUUAGUCAUGAUUUUAGUCUUCAGUUAUUGGACUGGUAAUUGAUAAUUUCUAAAAUGAUAUCUGGCCAUAUAAAAAGGCAGUAAUUAUUGUAAUGCUUUUAAAAAGAGAGAGAGAGAGCAGUAAAACAAAGUUGCUGAGCUCAAGCAUUAGUUCAGUGUAUAAUAACUAACCUACCCUUUCACCAGAGGAGACACGGACUCUUUCAGGUUAAUAGUGUUGUUUGCAUUCGAGGAACACCUUGACUAACAAAGCAAAAUUGAGGCUAUAAUUGUGCACUGCAGUUUGCCAGUAAAAACUGAACAGGAACAAGUUUAAAAAUUGUUCAUUUUACUGCAAACCUUAAUUAAAAAAAAGGUCUAAAUACAGAGUGUAACAGUAGAAUGGGUGAAUGCAGGUUUCCUGAUACCUGGCAGAUCUAAUAGGCUUGCAGUUUGACUGCCGUUUCACUGUGACACCCUUAACAAUUCUUAAGUAUUAGACUGUUAUGUCUAAGACUGUAAUGUUCUAGCACUUUAGCUUUAAGAAAGAAGACCAGUGCCUGGUUUGAAGCACAGCAGAGGUAAAAGGUUCUUAUCUUAAGAAGGGCUGUAACGAAUGAACAUAAAAGAUAGGUUUCUUCAUGGAAGGGAUACAGUCAAGAAUGUGGAGAGGGCAGAAGAAGCACUCAAGAUUUCUUAAAAAAACCAUGCAAUGCAUACAUCAGCAUUGUAUAAUAAAUUGAAUAAAGAUGGGAAUAAUUUUUCAAAGAAAUAAAAUUUCAUGUCAGGAAUUUUUGACCUACAGCAAGGAGUGUUUGGGAUACUUGUGGAACUAGCGCAUGCACAGUAUGGGGUCCUUACCUACAAUCCUGUGUUUACAAACAGGGUUAUCUAAAAGUAGGUGUAGACUUGAAGUCAGCAGGACCAGUCUAAGUGCCCAGUAUGUGAGGGCCACUAAUAACUGUCCCUAACACACCUUGCUGCUUAAAACCACUGUCAAAUCUGUUGGUUAAAUGUGAAUCAUUAGGGGGGUUAUGUUUUUCAUUGUUGUUGUUUGUGGACCAUAAAUGACUAUGCCUUUAAAAGGCUAUUCAACGAAAUAUAUGCUCUUGGCUUAUAAAAUACACCAGCAUUUUUGGAAAUGUAUUUUAAUAAAGUCUCUAUCUGUAAAAACACUAGGAGAAUAUUUUUCUCUGUUGCAAAAUGCUGUGCUGCUUAAUCAUGUACCUGGCUCAGCCACCAUACCAGAAGCAUUUGCAUCAGUUCCAUUUAGUGUGUUUCUUGUGUUAUUUUUUUGCUUCGCCCUUCAUUUUGUCUGCUAAGGUUGGCUUUUUUCCUCCUUUCCCAUCUCCUUGUUGCCCCAGGCCUACACAUGAAUCUCUCUUCACAUACAAGAUGUUGUACAUUUUCUUUUGCCUUUCUUCUUCCACAGCCUUGCUGUCAUUGACCAUGCUGAGCUAAGUAAGUUACACCAGAACCUAUGUCAUAGUAUUUAUCUUACUUAAAAAAAAAUUAGAUAAAUCUAUUAAUGUCUAAUAAAACAUUUAAUUUGCUGUAUCUUUAGAUUUUUGGUAAAACGUGUAAAGAUCAGUAACAAAAGUAUACUUUGGUUAUUUGCGGGAAUCCAACAUCUGCCUGUGAAUGGCUUUAUUUUUAUGAAGUAACCACUUACAAUCGGCUUUUCAAAUUUAAAGCUUUUUUCUAGAGUUAGUUCCAUUCUGUUAUAUGCAGAAUUAGGGAAACAUUGCAAUUAAUAUUGCAGAUAAAUAGGCAGCUUCUUUGCAGUAAAAGAGAAAAUCUUCAACAGUGGGCUGUAGAAGUAAACCAAGGGAAAGAAUCACUUGUCUUGCUUUUGCUUUUCAUCUUUUUUUUUUUUUAAGCAUUUACUUAGUUUAUGGGGUUGUUUUGCUACUUGCUAUAGCUCACAGUAGACAAACACACUGGAAGUAAGAUGGUUUAAUAACUUUAUUGCUGGGAUUUAUGUUAUGGUCCAGUACAGUGUACAGAUUUGCUGAGUCAGAGUUACAAGGGGAAAAGUAAAACACAAGGACAGUGGUGCUCUGAGCUAAGAUGUAAGAUCAGCUAAUUUCAGCAGACAGUUUGGUGUCUUUAAAUACGUGCUUACAUUGGGAUUUAUAAUUUUGAUACUGUAAGGUGUGGUUUCUUUAGGUAUUCAUUCUGAGUUUAAAUACAUAUAUUUGCAUUUAUACGUGGUAUAUUGAGAAUUUUGCGAAUGUUUCAUUAACAAAUAAUGAAUAUAAAUACCUGUUUUCCUAAUGUUACAAGCUUCCUAAGCACAACUAGUUACAAAUAAAACGUUUUUCCUCUUAC